GCUACAGCUUCCACCGAGGACUACCGGUACCGAGAUGCCCAUCUCAAGAUGCUUUCCGGCUGGUGCGUAAAGUGUUUUGGACCCGGCGCUGGAAGAGGGGGAAAGUGUGAGGUGAGGAAAUCACCGGGCUGCUAUUUUUAAAUCGCCUGUAACUGAUUUCAAAGGAGCGAGUGAUGCAGGGCGUCCAUGCACAACAAAGGAUGCGUGUGGUCUCCGGGAUGUAGAUGGUGUCCGUCGAUGUUUGCUGUUCGCCGACUCCGUCCGUUGGAUGCACCGUAAAAGUCACUCAUCCGCAUCUCGAGUCCACUGGUUGAAGAGCCGCUCGCGCAGAGGGAGAGCAGCAGGUUCCACGCAGGGAAGCCUCCACGCACGGCUUCGUUUUCUGCUGCGGCGCUGGAGAGACGACCGUUUCGUCGGAUGCUUUUCGCGCGGCGGACCGGAGGCGAACCUCGCAGAGGGGUUACGAUGGCUGGAGCUGCCAUCUUAAACAUGCUGGAGACCUGAACAAAUACUGACCUACUGCUGCUGAGGACCUCAACCACCCCGUCCCACCCAUGACUUUGCAUAAUGAGCCGUUGAUUGCUGUGCCUCAAACUCUGUAAUGGAAAACCGUGAUGAUGAAGCUGAGCAGCACCACAGCACCAUGGUGGGAGAGGGGGGCAGCACGGGGGACAGCACCCCUCCCCCGAAGCGCAAGGGCAAGUUCUCCACCAUUGGCAAGAUCUUCAAGCCGUGGAAGUGGCGGAAGAAGAAAAGCAGCGACAGGUUCAAGGAGACUUCAGAAGAACUGGAGAGAAAGAUGUCGACGAGGCGAACGCGGCAGGAGCUUAUAGAGCAGGGGGUCCUGAAGGAGGUCCCGGACAACGAUGCAGAUACCCACAAGCAGAAGCAGCUCUACGUGAAGAACGGCCACACCCUGCCCGUGAGCUCCGGGGGCGGGGAGAGCGGGGGAGGCGUCGGUGGCGGCAGGAGUCCGUGCAAUCAGGGCAAACCCCCUUCAGAGUCCGACUUUAGGAUUAGCCCAGCCUGGCUGGCCCAGCAGGACGACCCGAGGGGUCGCUCUCCCUCCGACGGAGACCGGCGGGCUGCCCCGGGGUCCAGGGGCACGGGGCCGCCGCCCGAGGACGUGCGGAGAAGCGCAGGGGCGGGGUCGCGGGCGCACGUGGAGGGCGAGUGGAAGCCCAACGUGGUCUGGCAGGGCCAGAUGGAGGACGGCAGACGCGGGGGGCGACUUCACCCGGAGGACGGGCAGAAGAGGCCCGGCCUGCAGAAGGUACCGUCGGAGGAUGGCAGGAGGAGUCGACCCGCCGAAGCGGACUGGAAGCCCACACUCCCUCGGCACGCCUCCGCUGAGGAGGGAAGGGCCCGCAGAGAGUCAGAGAGCCAUUUCGUCCCCGACGCAGAAGCCUUGCGGGACACCUUGCGCGAACCUCUGCCACCCAAACAGUCCGUCAUGCCGCCAAAAUGGCUGAUGACGUCCACCCCUGAACCGGGCAGCAAGGGUCCACCUCGCACCCCGUCCAACCACCACACAAACCAGUACCGCUCUCCCUCCGGCCCCUCGGCUGUGGCGCCCAAACCCGUUCGCUCCGUCUCCUCUGCGGGUGCAUCCACUCAGCAAUCGUCAUGUGCGGGCCCGACCUCCACCUCUCACGGCACCAAGCAGCCCCCUGUGCCUCCACCCAAGCCUGUGAACAGGGGCAAUGCCCCCAUGCUGGUCUCAGCCCUGCAGGGGGGAGAGAACGCUCAGCUUCCGCUCUACUGGUCCUGCUGGAAGCGAGAGUGCGACUAUGACGUCUACCUGUCCCUGCCCGUCUACCUGUGCCGGCGGGCCGGAGGCCUGCGCUCAGGCGACUUCAACCAAGCCGCCGGAGGAGCCAGUCUUGUUCCAGCCAAGCCUUCUCCUCCGAUGCCUCCUAAGAGGACCACCCCGGUUACCAAGCGCUGCACGGAGGACUCGAGCCAUCCCAUCAACCCCUCACCACUUUCUCUGGACGACCACAGCAACCUGCACGUGGGCUUUCAGCUGCCCCCCCCUCCUCCUUCCCCUCCCCUGCCGACGCACACACCGCCGUCUCCUCCCCGCCAGCACAUACACAGCCACCACCUGCACCAUCAGCACUCCUACCCCCACCCUCUGCCCCAACCAAUACCAAUGCUGUUUGACCCCCCGAGCCCGACCAAUGAGUCUCCUCAGCGUCCGGCCCCCGUCCCGCUGCACAUCAUGAUCCAGCGAGCCCUGUCGAGUCCCGGUCCGGCUCAGCCUCAUCCAGACGGUUCACAGCGUGCACACACGCUUCUUUUUGAAACUCCUCCGGACUACCAAAGCGGUCGCCCACUUCCUGUCAGCAUCCAACCAUUAAAACCAUCUGAAGAUGACUACUCAGAGGAGGAGGAAGAUGACGAGGAAGAUGAGGAGUACGAUGGGGAGAUUCCUCAGCCGGAGCUGGAGCCACGGAGUCGCAGAUGCUUGGUUGGAGAUGCCAGUGUAUCCGUCAUCCCGGGGGGAAAUAGUAGUGAGGAGGAAGACGAGGAGGAAGACGAUGAAGAAGGAGGAGUGCCUGGGGAGGACAGCGACUCAGACGGUCCCGUGCUUUAUAAAGAUGAAGAGUCGGAGGAGGAGGAUGAGCCCCCACUUAGUGCCCUGGCCAGCAGGGUGAAGAGAAAGGACACCUUGGCCCUAAAGCUGAGCAGCCGUCCCUGUGCCCCGGACAGGGACCGGUUCAUCCAUGAGAGGAGCAGCAGAGACAACCAGCCUCCAGGACAGACCGGCCUCACCUGGCAGAGCCGGGAGCAGUGGGAGGCCAUCCGCACACAGAUCGGCACUGCGCUCACGAGGCGCCUUAGCCAGAGACCAACUGCUGAGGAGCUCGAGCAAAGAAACAUCCUUCAGCCCAGAAAUCAGGCCGACAGACAAGCUGAGGUUAGAGAGAUCAAGAGGAGGCUGACCAGAAAGCUGAGUCAAAGGCCCACAGUUGCUGAACUACAGGCAAGAAAGAUCCUGCGGUUCCACGAAUAUGUGGAGGUCACAGACGCCCAAGACUACGACCGGAGGGCAGACAAGCCGUGGACAAAGCUGACUCCUGCAGACAAGGCAGCCAUCCGGAAGGAGCUCAACGAUUACAAGAGCACUGAAAUGGAGGUCCACGAAGAGAGCAGAAUCUACACCAGGUUUCAUCGGCCUUAGACCCCUGCCCACACUCCUUCACGGAUAAUGAAGCACUUAAAAUCUCUGCGUUGCCAGAAGCUGCUUCCCAUGCGGACGGAUCGCAGUUUUACGUUUCCCGAAUGUACUGUACAGAUUAUCAGAGAACGCCUGGAAGUGAAAAUGCCUCCCGCUUGCCCUCCAUCGCCCUCCCACUACAUUGCUUAUACUAAAAUGAGGUGGUGAGGACCAGAUGCAGUAUUUCUCCCGGACAACAGGGGAAGCCACAUGCCGAUGUGGUGGGGAAGUGGCAGAGGACCUAUCGGGCCGCCUGUCGCUCUGCUGGAUGUGGCACCCCUCAGGGUCUUGGAUCUAGUGACGACCUUCAAUGCGGCCUCAUUCUGUGUUGCCUUUUUUCUUCUUUACUGUAUAUGGAAAGCUAAUUCAUCCCGUUAAUGUAAUAACAUACAAUAAUAGUAAUAAUAUGAUGACUUAUAAUCUUCCACACAGUAAUAAUAGAUAGCAGACAGCAGCUAGAGCAGACUGGAGGAUGAAGACUGGGAUAUUCUGUUAUAGGACUGGACAUCUCUGGGAUAUUAUGUGUUUUAUAUCAAUUGUGUACAGACUGCUAUUGUUAUAUCUUAGAAGGAAACCUGGAAAGAUCCCAUUACAAAAUACUCUGUAAUGCACAAGAUAUUUUAUAUUGUAAUUUUGAUCACAUGAGUAGUGACGGCUUUUAUUUGAACUUUUUUUGCUUGCCUGUAUUUAUGGUUGUGAUGUGAGGUGGCCAUUUAAGCAUCGAUGUAGAUAUAGAAAAGGGGUGCAGGUCAGGAGGCGUGUUGGUGGUUUUAUGUGUGCCAACAUACCCAAUGCCUAAAGAACUAUAAGAUACUGAUUUUCAUAUCACUCAUUUCUGCAAUCCACUGCAUGAGCCAACACAGAUUCCAUUGCGAUGGAUCUGGAUAAUCUCUCCAUUUAUACUUUUUUUAAAUGAGUUUUUGUACUUCCCUUUAAAGAUCAAACAUGCAAUGCAUUCUGUAACCAUUUUGAAUAAGGUCAUGCUGCUAGUGUCUAUACUUGGAGUGAAAUGUAAGUUGGUGUGCUUGUAGAUCAGGGAUUUAUAAAAAAGAAAAGUUUAAAAAUGUAUAAACGGUCAACAGGGAGUCAUUUUGGCUGCAACCUUUUGAAACAGAAGCAGAAGUGUUUUAUCUUGUAUUGUUGUCUGGCCAGUAGCUUACAGAGUUCUCUAUGCUGUGUACAGGUUGAUAUAGGAUUAACUAAUGUUGUAUAUAUCUUGUCUUCCUGUCAUUUGAAAAGAAAUUUCAAAUAUAAAAGUAUUAUAGGUUGCUAUUUUUUUAAGCACAGAAUAUUAGUUCAUUAUUAAAUGCUACAAGAAUGGGAAUAUGAAAGAGUCCCUUUUCUGUUAGAACUAAGUUCCUUUUUAAUUGAAUGUGGAAUUGUACGGACUGAGUUUUUUCUGUUUGACUGUAAAUAGUCACAUCUGGAUCUAAUUAAAAAUCUUACAAUUCCUUGAACAUUGAGCAAUCCUCUGCAACUGGCUUUUUAAUUAAUCUAUGAGUCUUACCUAGUGUGGAGAUUAAGAGACAUUUUCCAGCCAGUCAGCCAUCCAUUAUUUUAUAGUCACAAGAUUAUCAGCACUAAGGAAACUUUUGAAUUUUUAAAAUUAAAAUCUAAUACUCCAGUGA